AUGUUCAUUUUUCAUAUUGUGAUUGUAUUUAUUUCUUGGCAAUAUUAUUUAACAACAAAAGAACAUUCAAAAAUUUUUAUAAAAACAACAUGUCAAAUAAAUCAAACAUUAACUGCAAAUAUAUAUUGUCCAAUAAGAAAUAAAAUGUUUGUAUCUAAUAUAGAAACAAUAAAAGAAGCAAAGAAAUUAUGUACAACAACAUAUUAUGGAAUUAUUUACGGAAAUAAUUCAUUUACAUUUUUUGAUCAAUUACCUAAUUGGUUUUCUCCAAUUGAUUUAAAAAAUCUUAAUCAAAAUUUAAUGAUUUUGUCGAAAAAAUCUUUUCUUAAACCAAUUAAUAUAACAUGUUAUUAUAAUCGUUUAAAUCAUAAGGAACUUCGAUGGAUAGAACCUGAUCCAAAAACACUUAUUCAAAUAAUUCUUCUUAGUUUGUUCUCUCUUUGUCUCAUUUUAAUUCAUUGUUUUGACGAAUGUUAUCGCCAUAAACGGUCAAAUAGAUGA